CUCCCCGCAGUCUCCUCUGCUGCGCGUGCGCGCCGCGGGACUCGGCAUCAUGAUCGUAUCCAGGCUCGCCGGUUUGCUUGGCCGAGCCCAGGCCAUCGCCUGGAGAGCGGCAAGCUCGCCCCUGCGCUGUCAUUCUGUGAGGAAAAGCAGCUCCUCUCCUGGAGGGAAGUCUGAGGCCACCGCGCCACCCCUCAAGGAGCUCAAGAAGCCCAGGCUCCCGCUCGGUCGUUUUGACGCCCCGGAGGGUUCUCAUCUGGAGCAGGAGCCACUGACCAAAUUUCCAGAAGAUGUUAAUCCAGUUACCAAAGAAAAAGGUGGACCCAGGGGCCCAGAACCUACACGAUAUGGAGAUUGGGAACGGAAAGGGCGAUGUAUUGAUUUUUAAGACAUAUUCUUUAACUUCAUUGUCAGUCUCUGCACAAUAUACUCUGAAUUUCUUAUUUCAGAUUAUAUUCUUUUCUG